CGCCAUGUUCUUCUCCCACUGCCAACCAUCUCAAUAUAUUUGCUUUGCUCUCCCUUCCUCAAUCAGUGUCAGUAUUGUUCAGUGACAGUGUAUGACUCCGACGCUAGAUGAACAUUUAUUUAUCAAUCGUUCUAAGAAGAAAAAACUAAAGGAAGAUGAAGAAAAUCUUUAGACUGAGAUUUAUAAUUAUCACCCUAUGCAGCACUAUUUUAUUUUUAUGCUAUGGAGGUGAUGCUAUGCAAUGUUAUCAGUGUAAUAGCCGCAAUAAUAGCCAAUGUGCCGAACUUGUUCCUCCAGAUUCCAUGAAGAUAGAUUGUUCAGAUCUUAAAGAUGGUGCAAAAUAUACAAUGUGCCGAAAAAUUACACAAGUCAUUGAAUUUAGUGUCAAUGGAUUACCACCUGAUACGCGAGUUAUUCGAGGAUGCGGAUGGGACGAGUCAAAUUAUAAGGGCAAGUGUUAUCAACGAAGUGGCUUCGGUGGUAGACAAGAAGUUUGCUCCUGUUUGACUGAUUAUUGCAAUUCAGCAACACCUGGACCAGGAGUUUUGCUACCCCAACGCUUUAUUUCUUCAUGUAUUCUAAUCAGCUUACUGUUAACGUUCUUGUAGAAUUAAAUAUUCUUAAAAAAUAGUCAAAUUUUCUGUAGAAUUUAGUUGUAAGACUAUAAUGAAAAUUAGAUUAGGAAUAAAAGAAAAAUUAAUAUCUUAUUAAUAAAAUUAAUAUCUUAUUAUAGCUUUCUACUGAGAUUGUAAGCACUAAUAAUUAAAAUAAUAAAAUUAUUCAUAUUAAAACGCAGAAAAA